GAAAUGGUCACCGCCCCUUCUUCCCGCGAGGAAUUCGUUUACAUGGCCAAACUAUCAGAGCAAGCCGAGCGCUACGACGAAAUGAUCGAGUUCAUGGAGAAGGUCUCCGUCUCUACCGACAACGAGGGGCUCAGCGUCGAGGAGCGGAACCUCCUUUUCGUCGCAUACAAGAACUUGAUUGGCGCACGCCGUGCUUCGUGGCGGAUCGUUUCCUCCAUUGAGCAGAAAGAGGAGAGCCGUGGUAACGAGGAUCACGUGGCUGUCAUCCGUGAUUAUCGGGCCAAGAUAGAGACCGAGCUUUCCUCCAUCUGUGGCGGAAUCUUGAAGCUGCUUGACUCCAGGCUCAUCCCUUUGGCCUCCGCUAAAGACUCCAAGGUCUUUUAUCUUAAGAUGAAGGGUGAUUUUCAUAGGUAUUUGGCUGAGUUCAAAACUGGAGCCGAACGUAAGGAAGCUGCUGAGAGUACUCUCACUGCUUACAAAUCUGCUCAGGACAUUGCCAGCGCCGAUUUGGCUCUAACUCACCCGAUCCGGCUCGGAUUCGCACUCAAUUUCCCUGUUUUCUACUACGAGAUUCUCAACUCUCCUGAUCACGCUUGCAAUUUUGCAAAACAGGCAUUUGAUGAAGCAAUCACUGAGUUGGAUACUUUAGGUGAUGAAUCAUACAAAGAUAGCACCCUCAUCAUGCAACUCCUCCGCGAUAAUCUCACUCUAUGGACAUCCGAUUUGCGGCUCACUCAUGAAGGUACCGAUGAGGUAAAG